GCCCCGGCGGACGCGGGACCAGGCUGCUUCCCGCCGUCCGCUGCCGCCAUUGGCGGGCCGUUGGGAUGACGGAAGUGACGAGGGCCUGGCGAUGGCCGUCCCGCAGGGGCGCAAACGGCUGCUGGCUGGCCGGCCGGCCGCGGACGCCCGGGAGCCGUGAGGCGCGGCCGCACACGCUGCCAGAUCCUUUGUAUUUAAAAUACGUAGAAAUGAAAAGAAAGGCGAUGAACACUGGAAAGCUGAGAUUGAGUCCUAAUGAAGAAGCCUUCAUUUUGAAGGAAGAUUAUGAAAGAAGACGGAAACUAAGAUUACUUCAGGUUCGAGAACAAGAAAGGGGCAUUGCCUACCAGAUAAGAGAAGAUGUAAAACAGAGGAAAAAUCAGCAGUUUUCGCGUUUGGCUGAGGAACUAAGGGCAGAAUGGGAAAAAUCACAAAACCAGAAAGUACAUAACUUGGAGAAACUGUAUUUGGCAAGUUUAAGACAUAUGGGAGAGGGACAUCGACAGGCAAAGGAAAAUGAACCUGAUUUGGAUGCUCUGGCUCAGCGGGCAGCAGAAAGAAAAAGAAAAGCUGAAAUGAGGCAUAAAGAAGCCCUAAAAGUGCAGAAAAGUCAAAAAGAAGCCUUGAUGAAACAGAAAACCAGGCACAUAAAAGCCCGAAAGGAAGCUUUGCUGGUGGAGAAAGAGAGAUCAGCUAAAGUGACCAGGCUGCCUCCUCCUGUCCCAGCCCCCUUUGAGAACAUUGAAAUAAACAGAAUUCCUUCAUUGAAAACCAAUAGUUCUACCUACCAUCACAUUUCCACUUUUGUGAGUAGACAGAUGGGCACAAAACAGCCAGAUGCGCAUUUGGCUGCUGAAGAAGAGGCUCGGCGAUUGGAGGGGCUUCGCAAGCAGGCGGCACACGAGAGGGCGGAGCAGUGCAGAAGGGCACAGGUGCGGGGGUCCCAAGCCAUGAGGACGGCCCGCCUGGCCCACACCCAAGAGAGACUAUUGGAAGAACUCAAACGGCUGCAAAAAGAGGACCUGUCACGUCGGAGACAGACUGUGGCACAAAUGCCACCACGGCUAGUUGAACCGCCAUACAGGCGCAGCGAGGUGAAAGAGGAUUGGCAGCGGGAGCUGGAGUUCGCCUUUGAGGACAUGUACAACGCAGACCGCAAGGUGAAAGGAAACCUGAUUUUGCAUCUUACACCAGAGCCUUUGCCUGCCAUGUCUGAUCAUCUCCAGGACGAAGAACUGGACCUUUCAAUGGAGCGAGAAAGUAGAGUGCCCUUUGGAAUGAAGACCCAACAAAUCCCCUCAAGAGUUCUUUUUAAAAGAUUGUUAAAUAAGAUUCGAAGCCAGAAAUCUCUCUGGACGAUUAAAUCUAUGUCUGAGGAUGAAAAUGAAAUGACUACAAGCAUCAGUGAGGUUGAGAUCGAGAGUAAAGCACCAACCGUGGAGUCGGGAGCCAUUGUCCUUGAGGAAGGGACACUGUCCUCCGAGCAAGAACAAGUCAUGGACAGUGACCGGCUGACGAUUGAGUCUGGACCACUGAGCAGUGAAGGAACAAGGCAGGAACAAGCAGUUGUUGUAAACCCACCUGUCACAACUGUGGCUCAGCGUUCAGUGCUGCUUCACCCUCAGGAAGAAGCAGUCAGAGUUCGAAUGUCAGCGAGGCACAAACAGAUAAUGGAGAUAGAAAGGCAGAAGCAGAAGCAGUUGGAGUUACUUGAACAAAUUGAGCAACAGAAGUUAAGGCUAGAAACGGAUUGUUUCCGGGCGCAACUGGAAGAAGAAGAAGGGAGAAGGAAGAAAGCGCAGCAGCCCGAGGUUUGCCCUGCUCCGAUGUCACAUACUGUGAUCUCUGAUGAGGACUGUCACAGGCAGAUGAUUCGUAACUAUCAGCAUCAGCUUUUACAUCAAAACAGGUUACACAAACGGUCUGUUGAAACUGCCAGGAAACGAUUACUCGAAUACCAAACUAUAUUAAGGGAAAGGUACCCAUCCAUGUCACCCACAUCACUGAUACCUGAUUCUAAUAUAUCAGGACCACCACAGAAAUCUCAAAAGCCUGCUGCUGCAUCAGAGCACUGGGAUCUAUGUCAGAGACCUGCGCAACCCUCACAGAUCCCUGAAUUAGACCAAAGGCGUAUUCAGGCGCUAAGACAGGAUCACUUUCCACAGAGGCAAGGAGAAACAGGUGCAUCAGAGAUGCUAGCCAAGCGGUCUGUGGGGUCCCAGGAACAUCGACAGCAGCUCUCUCAUGCGGAAGCACACCAGAGAGACUAUGAAUUUGUCCCUAAACAUCCUCAUGCACUUUCAAGAACUUUGUCUUACGAUAGGCCACAACUGUUACAGGAUGCUGGCGAGCUAUCGAAACCACUGAGGGCAAUAACUUGUCAGACUUUAGAUCCCCAACAGAUAGCAUCAGAGGAUAGUGAAAAUAUAUCUUCUAAGCCAACCGAGCCCUCCUCAUUUCUCCCACUGGUGCCUGAACGCUCUUUUACUAGUCUCCCCAUUAAACUCGCAUCUGGGAAAGUUCAGGAACCCUUUACAACCAUAAGCAAAAGUAGGGUUUGCAUAAACCAGUCUGUAAUCAGUCAGAUGCACGAUCAGCCUCUCUCAUCCUCAGACACAGUCGCCACCCAGCAGGAUGACUUAAAGUUUCUCCAGAAACAGUUAGAACUGCAGAAGGAAGUUCUUCAAGCAAGACAAGAGGCUCAGGAAAAGCUGGCCUUUUGCGCACAGAAAGAACUGGAAAAGCAGGCUGGUCUUCCAGUAUUCAUCCCGUCAUCAGCUGGACAUUUAUUUACUUCACUGCUAUCUGCCUCAGCUGAAUCAGGAAAACUCCAGACAUUUUCAACAGAAAGUGAUACCACUGUUUCCUCGGGCAAUAUGGACAAGCUUUGGGUUUUUUCACAACCUGUCUUAUCACAGCAAACUAAUUUAGAAUUUCCCCAGGAACAGAUGAGUGUUCAGAAGGAUAACCUUCAGGCUAGGCGGGAAGCCCAGGAAGUCUUGUUGGCUCAUAAACAGAGUAAAGUGGAUGACGUACAUUCUGAGAAGGCUGGGCACUGUUGGUCACAUCAGGUGCCUCAGCAGUCUAGUUCAUUAACAGUGACUGAUAGACUAUAUAGAAAAAUCCAGGGACAGCCUUUACCUACAAGCAAGAAAGGGCUUCUUCCAAGCCAGUCUGAAAUCUCAACAUCUCAGGAUGAGUCUUCAAGUUCUCUACAGCUGCCCCUACCUCUACACAAUAGUUUAAAGUUGCUGCAAGAGCGGCUGGCUACACAGAGCUAUGCAGUUCAGACUAGAGAUGAAGCCCAAGAGGAGUCACGUUUACAUAGAGAAGGAAGUUUGGGAGAUACAUUGUCUGCGCCAGGAAAUUCAUCUUCCUCGGUGGCACCUCAGCAUUCGGAUGCUUCUCGUGCAGUUUCAGAACCCGGGCCCGGGUAUUCAUAUGAGGAGAAUAUGGUUCCCUCUAAUUAUGUGAUCACCGCAGCACUUGCAAAGGAGCCUCUUGGCUUUCCACAGCACAGCCUGCCAAGACAAGAACAUUUUACAACACUCCAGGAACAGGCACACAUUCAGAGGGUUAUACUUGGUGCUAGAAAAGAAACUCAAGAAUAUGCACACGAAGAAAAUGAAUUAGAAAAAGGACUUAGUUCUCAACAAACUGGUUCCUUGUCUUUUCCAUCCCAGGUAGCUGAAUUGGAAAGAUUCCAGGAGUUCAUAUCAGUUAAGGGUGAUAGUACAGGGCCCUUAAGCCUUAAGAUUCCAGGGUUUCAGGAAAGACUGGUUAGAUUUUCACAACAUGCAUUCCCUCUGCAAAAUAAUUUGCAGGAACACCAAGAAUGGGUAAAUACAGAAAAAGAGAGUUUUCAGUUUAAUCCUCAAACUUGGGAAAAUUCAUCUUCUCAACAGACAGGCUUUUCUUCCUUCAUACCCUCAUUAGGACCAUCAUCGUGCGUGUCCUUACCUUCUGCUGACUCUGGUACAACACAGCCUCUCUCAACAGAGAGUGACAGUAAAGUAACAUCAGUCCAUCUUCAGAUACCAGAAUUGCAGGAUAGACUUGUAAGGAUAUCUCAGCUUAUCCAGCCUCAGCAAGACAGUUUGAAGGCCCUUCAAGAACAAUUGGCUACUCAAAGGGAAGCCAUCAUCCAGUCUAGACAAGAAGCUCAUGGAGAAAUACUAAGAGAGUGGAAGGAACGGGUAUACCCAAAGCAGACUGGUUCGCCUUCUCCCCUGAUACCUCAGCAUUCACUUGCUUCAUUCCCUCUUUCUGACUCUGAAAGAACACAAGAACUUUGUUCAACCCUCAGUGAUGAUGCAGCAUCUUCAGGUUCUGAGAUGCUGGGUUUGCCCAGCAGGGCAUUGGGUUUAUCACAUACUGCUUUAUUUCAGCAGAAAGAGAACCUCCAUGCACAAACAAAUUCUUCCCAUUCUACUGAGAGCGUGCAGGGAGAGAUGAUGUUUACUAGACCGAGUGAACAUUUUAUCCAACCUCCUCAUGGUGACUCGAAGGCAUUUCAACAGCAGUUAGAUGUGCAAAUGACAGCCAUUAGGUCUGUCCAGGAAAUACAAGAGGAACUACUUUUGCAAAGGUUAAAUAACUCGGAGCAAAGAGUAUCUUGCAAACAGACUAGUUCCUCUUUAUUCUCACCAUGGGUAGCACUACCUGUUGCCAACUCUGACAGGACUCUGCAGUCUUUCCCAACCAAAAGGGAUAAUGCUGACAUACCCAGCUCCCAUGGUGAGCAUCUGAGCUUUUCACAGCCCCUUCUACCUCAGCAGGAUAAGCUGACAAUGCAGAUAGACUUGGAAAUGGUGUUUCAUAAAGAACUGCUUUUACACAAACAAAACAGCCAGGACAAAAGUGACUCUCCUGAGCAUGCCACCCCAGCUUUGUCUCUCUCCAAGGAAACAGAGCAUCCAUUCAUUCCAUUACCUUUUGCAGAAGCUAAAUCUAAAAGCAUUUGUGAGUUGUACUUACCUAAAAAAGAGCAUGAAGCUCCUUCUAGUGAUGCUGUGAUCCCAAGAUUGCAGGACAGACUUUUGAGUUACUCCCAGCCUGUCUUAACCCAGCAAGACAACAUGAGUCUUCAGAAGCAGCUGAGUCUACAAAGGGAAGCUCUACGUUCCAGGCAGAGAGCCCAAGAGGAAUUACUUGUUCAGAGACAAACAGCCUUGCAGCAGCAAAUCGAAAAACACAGAGAGACUCUGAAAGAUUUCUUGAAUGUCAGUCAGGCAAGGAAGCCCACAGGUGAGGAUUACUUGAAAAUGCACGGCCCCGCCUGGGACCCUGAUCAGGAGAGCAGUAGCGGUGAGAGUCUGGGCAAAGAACUAAGUGGUAGAGCCUCUAAGCCACCUGUCUCCAAAGUGAAGUGUGGUUUGGACUUAGACCAGCAUGAGCUUAGUACUAUCCAGGAGGUGGAGUCACCAGCAAGUGGUGGCAGGACCCCUGUGCCAGGUAAAUCAGAUUUUUAUCAAGACCGUGACCCCUUAAGGGUCUCAAUAAGCAGAGAACAAAGUUUUCUGGGGAGUCCAUUGGCACGUGAUCCGUUUGGUUGUCAUCAGCCUCCUGCCCAGAACAGCAGAAGCCAUGGGUAUGCUGAAGCAGUUAAAGUUGAGGAAUCUGAUGUUGAGGAUCAUGUGGUAUUGAGUCAUGCUGCCUCAGAAGAAGCGCAUACAUCUCUGGGUCCAAUUGUGAAGCUGGAUGAUAAGGCUGAAACACAAGAGAUUUCUCAGGAGCCAUUAUCUUCAGUAACUGUUUCUACUGGAAGCUUCUUAAGUUAUGAAAUCACAGAUUUGAGCCUUACAGACCCAGAGUCAUUUUCGGAGCAGACAGAGCAGCAGGAACAGGAGUCUCCCAGUAAAGAAGAGGAGGCCGCUCCUCUCAGUUGUGCAGCCCCUUCAGCAGCUGUCACUUGUCAGCUGCUGUACUACUUAGAUGCUGAUGACCCUCUGCUGUCCAUGGAGGAAGAAAGGGCGUCCCACCACACUCGUGCUGAGCACAUCGUAGACAAGGGUAGAAAUGCAGCGAAUUUGAUACCUGAAAAAAGAGACUGGCAGGUUCCAGCAGUGAACCUUGGCUUUCCAGAACUGGAGCACGCAUUUCCACACUUGCAUCAUCAGCUCUUUCAACCAUUAGAGCCAUAUCUAGAUUUUGACUUAUCGUCAUCCUCUGGGAUUUCUCAAGACAACAGAGACUUUUACCAGAGCUCUGAAUCUUCGUCUAAAAAACACCAUGUUAAGACAAGCACAGGCGGUUUCACAGACCCGAGAGUCUGCUUGCAACCUGCUGGUAACCCUGCUCGUGCUACAGCUCAGAGCUUUACUGCUGAGGGAUCUGAACAAUCUUUUCAACAGCUUCUACCAGAAUUCUCUUCACAGGAAAGCCAACAUGCUGAUUUGCCAAGUAUUUAUAGCAUCGAAGCAAGAGGUACUUCCCAGAGCAUGGAAAACAACUAUUGUGAGCAGAGUGAAAUACUACAAAAUAAGGAAAAAAGUGUUCAUUUUCAGCCCCCGACAGAGAAUCUGAGUGAUCAGUCACAGCUGCAGCACAGAGCUCCAUGUGGCUCUACCUCUAGUGAGUGCUCAGUAAAGCAGUUAGGAAGCACAGAAGAAAGGCUGGGCUUUGAAGAGCUGUCAAGGACAGUGGUUACAGUGUCACAAAGACUCGGGGAAGAGGACAGUGGGGCUCUAAGUGCACACGAAGACACAGACUCUAAGGGAACGCCACUAAGUACUGAAAAUGAAAAGUCUGUCCAGGAGGUAAUUACAACGGAAACUACCAAAGCUGCAAGAACACAGUCUCAGCUAACACAAGCACAGCACAUCGUGGACUCUGAGUCAUUUUCUUUUCCCAGCUUUAUUCCAAUCUGGGAGACAGAAUCUGGCUACGGUAUAAUGGAAGAACCAGAUCUCACUCUGCUGAGCACCAGUGAUCUCAGCAUCACUGAAGCAGACCUUGCAAACUUAACCCUUGAAGACAAAGACAGUGGAGCACAGAGCUGUUUCCAGGCAGGUGCAUCUCCGCCUCCUUUACCAAACACCUCUGGGCAUGGAGCUGCAUCAGAAGAGCCUUGUGUGGAUCAAACCCAAGUAGCACCUUCAGCCACACGAACGGUAAGGAAAAAGUCAUUUAUGGAACGAUCCUACCAAAGACAGAGAGAGAUGCGAAAUAAAGCUCAACUCCCUCGAACAGGUUCUCCAGUGAGCCGCCUGAAGGGUGUGAGUAAAGUGAGAGUAUCUCUCCCUGAAGACAGAAAGACCACACAAGCCCUCAUGCACCAAAGGGCACUAAGGUUAUAUAGACAGUUAACUGAGGUAAAACAGCAAAGAGAAGAAAAAGCGAAGCAAGAACUCUGGGCCCAAAAUAGAGCAAGGGCGAAAGAAUUUCAUAAGAAAACACUAGAGAAACUUCGAGCCAAAAAUACAUGCUGACUUCCUACAAACUGUGUAAAGGGUUUUUCUUUUAGUUUUAUACAUUAUACAUUAGACAGAAUUAUUUAUAUAAACAAUAAAUUUUUAUUUAAGGGG